UAAUACUCUUAUCAGUACAUUCUGUGUGUAUUAAUACUCUUAUCGUACAUUCUGUGUGUAUUCUGUGUGUAUUAAUACUCCUAUCAGUACAUUCUGUGUGUAUUAAUACUCCUAUCAGUACAUUCUGUGUGGUACUCAUUCAAUGCCGCUCUGAUCGUAGCAGACACACCUGACAGACAUCUGCACUCUACUGAGUGCCCCUUUCCAGUUAUCUGGUUGUUCUGUUAUCACAUAUUCAGCAUUUACACAGAAACAAAGUCCACUGAACUGACUGAUAUCAGGGGUCAAAGGUCACCGCAGACAGCAAAACUGAUUCUGCUGAAACUGCAGAAAGACGAGAGACAAAUGAGAGGAGGAAGAUCUCUGAGAGAGGAACAAGGACAAAAAAAAGACGUGACAAAUACAGGAAGAAAGAUUUCCCAACUGACUGGAAAGAAAGACUGAAGGAGACCGAAACAAACUUCAACAGAGUAACUGAGAAUUAAACAAAUUGAGACAGAAGUUGACAGUAGUUGAGGUAAAACUUGGAGGACAUUGGGAACAUCUGGACGGCGAGCCUGCUGUCGUGGAGAAACACUGAAGUUCAUCAGGUCUUCAGUUGAUCAGAUCCUUAGAGCAUAAUGGCCGUCAGCUCACCGAGAGACAAGUAUUUUGGCGUGUGGCUGAUCUUCUUCAUGCUCGGUUUGGGGACGCUGCUGCCCUGGAACUUCUUCAUGACUGCUACCAUGUACUUCACCAGCCGUCUGAAGGACUCCUCAUUGGUUGAUUCUUCAGCCAAUCAGACAGAGGCAUCAAGUGACCAUCGCAGCCUUCUGGAGGCCAAAUUCAACAACGUGAUGACACUGUGCGCCAUGCUGCCGCUGCUCUUCUGCACCUGCCUGAACUCCUUCCUGCACACGCUUAUUCCUCAGCAUCUGCGCGUGAUGGGCAGUCUGCUCGUCAUCAUGUUCGUUUUCAUCACCACCGCCGUCCUCGUCAAAGUUCCUCUGGAGCCGCUGCCCUUCUUCUCCGUCACCAUGGUGAAGAUCGUCAUCAUCAACUCCUUUGGGGCGGUGCUUCAGGGCAGUCUGUUCGGGAUGGCUGCGUUGCUGCCGGCUUCGUACACGACUCCGAUCAUGAGCGGUCAGGGACUCGCUGGAACCUUUGCUGCCUUUGCUAUGAUCUGUGCCAUCGCAAGUGGCUCAGAGCUUCAAAAUGCAGCGUUCGGUUAUUUCAUCACAGCCUGUUUUGUUAUUUUUCUGUCCGUUCUGUGUUACAUCCUGCUGCCUAAACUGAAGUUUUUCCAGUUUUACCAGGACAGAAACAGGAACCAGAGACCAGACGAGGAGAACUCUGUAAAUCUGAUGAACAGAGGUGAAUCUGUUGACCAGGACAUAAAGCAGAGCGUCUCAAUGAUAAACAUCUUUCAGAAGAUCUGGCGGCUGGCUCUGCUGGUCUGCUUCACCUUCACCGUCACCAUAGGAACGUUUCCCGCCAUCACUGCCGACACCAAAUCCACCCUCGCUGACGGAGGCUCCUGGGAGCAGUUCUUCAUCCCAGUCAGCUGCUUCCUGCUCUUUAACCUGUGUGACUGGGCCGGGCGGAGCUUAACGGCAGUCUGUAUGUGGCCGAGGAAGGACAGCAUGGUACUUCCUGUGUCCAUCUUGUGUCGUCUCAUCUUCGUCCCUCUUUUCAUGCUGUGUAACGUUCAGCCUCGUCUUCACCUUCCCGUCUUCUUCCAUCACGACGGCUGGUUCAUCUUCUUCAUGAUCCUCUUCGCCUUCAGUAAUGGAUACCUGGCCAGCCUCUGCAUGUGCUUUGGUCCAAAGAAUGUUCUCCCUCAUGAAGCAGAAACAGCCGGGGCCAUCAUGGCUUUCUUCCUGUCGCUGGGUUUGGCUUCAGGGGCUGCUCUGUCCUUUCUCUUAAGAGCACUGGUUUAACUGGAGAACGACCUCUUUAUUACUGGAUUACCAUGGAACCCAACUGCUUAUUACUGGUUCAACUGGAAAAAUACUUGCUUACCAAAACACCCUGUUUUUAUGGGUUUUAUGGGUCAUUAAAACAUUUAUGUUAAGUUCAAGUUUCCAUCUAUGCUACGAGUUACAACUGAAAGUCAAUGUUUUAGAUGUUCCAGCACGCUGACUUCUUCAAGAUGAACCUGAAUGUUUGAGAAAAGAAGUUCAAAGUUUCUGGUUUUCAUGCAGCUCAACAGACCAAAGUGAACGUCGUGAUGUUGGUGCUACAGCAGCGUCAUCGGGAACAUGAACUCCUGCAGUAAAGUUGAUCUGUGUCUGACAUGAUGAGGCCUCUGAUGGGACAAAGUGAUGGGAAGAGAAUGUAGACGUCUCUAUAUACAUAUACACAUAUAUAUACACAUA